UCCGACGGAGGGGGAGUGGACGCGAGGGUGGACCGCGCUAGGGACGCCGGGGUCAGUUCCCGCGCACUCGGGGGCUGGAGCGGAGAACCCAUUCGUGUCGCAGAUCUAGGGGCCGGGACUUGGGAUCCUGAGCGUUCUCGGCAGCCCAGGGGCCAGCUGCGCCCUGCCCGCUGACCCUGCCCGCACGACCUGCCCCCUCGCAGUCCGCAUUCUGUCCUUCGGGCCCGAGCAUCUUCUUGCUUACCUCGGGAAGAACGUGGGACGUUUUGGGGAGCCCUAGCCCGGAAGGCUUGAAAGACGUCCCCAGGACCCUAGAAACAGCUCAGUUCCUGAACUCCGCAGUCCGGGUCGCGCCUGGGGCAGCAGGCAGCGGGACCCCCCUUGGACCACCGGCUUCGGCCACUAGCCAUGUGGAUGGCCUGGCCCACCCCGACGUCCAGCCCCCAGCUGCUUCCUCCACACAUCCGAGCUGGCUGCUCGGGGCAGGGGCACCCGCUGUGGACCCCCUUGCGGGCUGAGAAGCUCUACCUGGUGCCAAGCCUCAACACUGUGAGUGGCAGCCAGGAACUGCAGUGGAUGGUGCAGCCUCACUUUCUGGGGCCCAGUGGUCACCCCACCAGACCCCUGGCCUACCCCCAGUACCCUCCCCAGCCCAGACCCGGAGUCAUCCAGGCCCUGGAGCCGCCCCCCAGAGGUUGGCGCCGGCCCAGUGAACAGAUCAGCCCAGAGGAAGAGGAGCGUCGCCGAGUGAGACGAGAGAGGAACAAGCUGGCGGCGGCCAAGUGCAGGAACAGGAGGAAGGAACUGACCGACUUCCUACAGGCGGAGACAGACAAGCUGGAGGAGGAGAAGUCCGCCCUGCAGCGUGAGAUCGAGGAGCUGCAGAAGCAGAAGGAGCGCCUGGAGUUGGUGCUGGAAGCCCACCGCCCCAUCUGCAAGAUGCCCCAGGGAGCGCAGGAGCAGGACGAGGCGGCCGCAGGCAGCUCGUCCAGUUGCUCCCACAGCCCACCGGCCCCCUCCCGCCCCGUGCCUUGUAUGUCCCUUUCCCCGGGGCCUGUGCUGGAACCCGAGGCCCUGCACACCCCUACGCUCAUGACCACACCCUCCCUGACUCCCUUCACCCCCAGUCUGGUCUUUACCUAUCCCAGCACCCCUGAGCCCUGCGCCUCAGCUCAUCGCAAGAGCAGCAGCAGCAGUGGGGACCUGUCCUCUGACCCCCUGGGCUCCCCAACCCUCCUGGCUUUAUGAGGCAGUCCAGCCCCCCACCCCAUCCCCUGGCUCCACCUCCCUGCAGGUGCCACCCCAGCCAGCCAGUCAGCGUCUUCUCCCCCCUCCCCCCAUGGGUCCAGCUGGCCUGGUCCUCCAGAUGAAAGUGGGUACAGUGGGUGGAGCUGCCAAAGCUGCCCCUCAUCUUUCUAGAGCUGGCUUUUCUAGCACAACUGACACUAAGUCAUAGACCAAAACUGUGGACAGCCCCCCAAAGACUCUGCAGACCCCUGGGGGUGCUUGCCCCUUUCUAUCCCCCAUCUCCA